UCCUCCACCCCACGCGCGAGCAGCGGCGCCGGCGUCCUCCUGCUGAGGCCGGCUUCCACCGCCGGUGAGGUGAUCACCCGCAACCGCACCUAGCAGGCAAAGAGGAAGGCAUCCAAGGAUGAGCGACGACGUGAUAUGGCACUGCAUCCGGCACAACCACUGCAGCUUCAUGGCCAAGAUCACGACGGGGAUAUUCUGCCGGAACCCGUACAACGCCACCGGAAUAUGCAACCGGAGCUCCUGCCCUCUUGCCAACAGCCGCUACGCCACCAUCCGCGACCAUGACGGUAUUUUCUACCUAUACAUGAAAACAGCUGAAAGAGCUCAUCAUCCAAAUAAAUUAUGGGAGAGGGUCAAACUACCAAGGAAUUAUGAGAAAGCAAUUGAAGUCAUCAACAGGCAUCUUGAAUUUUGGCCCAAGUUACUUGUGCACAAGAUUAAGCAGCGCCUGACAAAAAUGACUCAGUAUCGGAUAAGAAUGAGGAAGCUUCGACUGAAAGUGAGAGAGAAGCUGAUGACAAUGCCCCGGAAGCAGACUCAGCGAGAUCUCAGGAGAAUGGCGAAAGCUGAACAUGCCGCUCAAAUAUAAAAGGUUUUUAUUUCU